AUGCGGUGCCCCUGUGCCGGCCAGGCUCCCGAGGCCGCCCUGCUCACCCAGGCCACGCGUGGUCAGCCGCCCGAUAAGGGUACUGCAUCUGAAUCAAAAAAGGAAAGUAAUUUUGGUAGAAGCAUCUUGCUGAAGCAGAGACCAGCUAUUUUGCCUGAUCUUGAUAAUGGCACUCCACGGUUUAUGCUCAAAAGAAUCAUCCAGACCCAAGCAAAAGUUUCGCCUCUAGCGCUUGAGGUAUCUAAACAUGAAGAAACGGAAGAGUCUGCAUUAGAACCACCCUCUAAGAGGAUUUCCAACACGAUGGAAAUGCAGCUACCUGGCUUUGUACCUGAGGAUACAUCUGUGCCUGCAUUCCAGAUGACAAGGAAGAAAAAGAAGUUCAGCAUCUCGGAAUUUGAGAGAGAAGCAGACAAGCGACUUCCUCAGAAUCAAACUCAGUCAGCGUUGGACAACACUUCGUUGGCCAGGUCUCUUCGCAUGUCUCUUGGCUCCUUGAUCCCACCAGACACUGUGGAAAAGAGGGGCUUACUCCGGAGGCCAAAAAAACGCAAAGCUAUCGACGUGGAAGCUUUUGAAGGUGGAGUGGAACAGAACAUGCUGCAGAGAAAAGCCCAGAACUACCUUGUGGACUCUUCAGCAGCAUCCAUGACUAGAGGAACCGUGCUGACAAGUGACGCAGAGAUUGUGCUGAGUAACACAGAGCUCUUCGUUCAGGCUGGUGAAGAAAAUCCACACAGACCUUCUACUCUUGAACCACAGCUACCAGAUUCGAAAAUUUCAGCACAAAACAGCAAGACGGUAGAUGCAGUUCCUGAGGAGGCGAAGCUGGUGGGCCUGGAAUCCAGUGUGGCCACAGAUGGGGGAAGGACCCACCGAUAUUCUGAGAAAAAUCUAAUAAUUGAUUAUGAGAGUGUUGACAGAAUGACCCCUGUGUCCCCCAAAACAUCUGUGAGCCAGGGAGAUGGUCAUCAAGGUCAUUCCCACCAGAGUGAGCUCGUGGAGCUAUUCUCUGUACCAGAGGAAGUGGUGGCUGGGGCUCCAGGUGAACACGCAAAGGCUGGAUAUUCACAACAGUCGGAGAAGAAGCUGACAAAAAAGAGAGAAUCACAGGUAACUAAGGCACAGGAAGCCGGAGUCGAGAUAGAAAUGAUCACUUCAGAAGCAGCAGAAGGGAACAUUGAACACCUAGACUCUCCCAAAGCUGAACCUCAGAUUGCCAGAAGUUUUGGAACUGGAAGUCUGAACAGGCAUUCUCGUGCUUUUUCCUCUCAAUAUUUUGAAGAAUCUGGGGAAAAAUCACUUAAAAAAACCACUGAACAAGCAGGCACGCCACAUGACAGGGCUGCCACAGGAGAAGUAGCAGAUAUAGAAGAAGUGACAACUGAUGAUGAAGCUGAAAUUGAAGAGCGUGAGAGUCGAGAUAUUUCAAUGAAGACACCUGCAUUCAUCCGUGCUGCAGCUUACAAGCCACUUUCCUUGCCAUCAACUCCACCUCCUGCCGAAUCUGACACUCCCAAGAUUAUUCCCCUGCAGCCCUUGUGGGCUAAGCCAGUUCCCAAGAAGUCAGGGGCAUCACAGAGGAAAAAGCGCGAGCCUGAACUAGCAAGCAGUUUGAUAAAGAAGAUAUUUAGCCAUUACGUGAAAAUGCCAGUGACCAGAGAGGCAUUCGGGAUUGUCCAAAAAUGCUGUGAGCGGUACUUUAAGCAGCUGAGCAAUGAUCUGGAGGCUUACAGCCAGCACGCAGGGAGGAAGACCGUGGAGGUGGCUGACCUGGAGCUGCUCAUGAGAAGACAAGGGCUGGUGACAGACAAGAUGCCAUUACAUGUGCUGAUAGAGCGUCAUCUUCCUCUGGAAUACAGGAAACUACUGAUUCCAGUUGCUGUAAGUGGCAAUAAAAUAAUUCCAUGCAAGUGAGCCCAUCACUAUGGCAGUGAUGAUGCCCAUGGAUGGAAACACUGCCUGCUCGUGGAGACUGGCUUUACGUUUCUCCAUAUAACUGGUCAGUAGGAUGCUUUUCCACAGAAUACUAAUGGGACAAUAAGCUACUACUAGAGAUGCCCAUGAGUUGAUUCA